AUGGUGAAACGGCCCCUUCUCCGGCGGGACAUCACUUACUCCUCGGCCAAGUGCUCAAGUAUUUUGACCAAGAGAAUACCUUUUUUCGCGUCUAUCGAGGACAGACGCGACUGGAUCAAGGCUGUAGUCGCAGCACAUCUAAACAUCAAGCCAUCGUCAUGCGACGUAGCCGACCCAAAAGAAUGGAUUCACGGAAGCUUCAAUCUAUGCGUUCCAGUCAAGCUCAGAGGUUGGACGGCAAGAAAGCAGCCGGGGAGCCGCGUCCUCUUUCGACUCCCACUCCCGUAUAAGGUUGGCGAAGCCUUUAACCCGGGCAAUGUGGAUGAGAAGAUCAGAUGCGAAGCUGGCACUUAUGCCUGGCUGGAAGAAACUCACCCUCAAAUACCAAUCCCCCGGCUUUACGGCUUUUCGCUGUCAAGCGGCGACUCCGUUUAUACCGGGCAAAUGCUAUCCGACACUUGGUACGACAAGUCAAAUGACUUGAAAUUACGGAAGACGCUCUAUCGUGACCUCGCACGCAUUCUACUGAAUCUUUCACGAGUUCCGUUGCCGCGGAUUGGUUCCUUUACAAUAGAUAGCCGUGGGUUUCUAUCAUUGACAAAUCGCCCUUUAACCUCGAUGAUUCAAGAUUUAGAGAAUGAGGAAAUACCGACAAAUAUACACCGCGAUUAUACAUACCUCACAACAGAUUCCUAUAUUGUGGAUACACUUGAUGUGCAUAACAGCCGAUUCCUAAACCAGCCCAAUGCAAUAAACGAUAAAUCAGACGGCCUCAAUCAAAUGACAGCUUUAACGGGAAUGCGAGCCGCCUUUCCACUAUUCUUUCAGCGAAACCUGCGCCGCGGACCUUUCGUUCUUUCACUAACGGAUCUCCACCAGAGCAAUAUCUUCGUGGAUGAUAAUUGGCAUAUUACUUCGCUGAUUGAUCUUGAAUGGGCGUGUUCUCUUCCAAAUGAAGAGGAAACUAUCCUUGCCAACUCAGGAGAAUCCCGGCUAUCAACAACCAUGCAAAGGGGUUGGGAGCUGGGGACAUUCUGGUUUUCCCUUGCACUUCGUAGUCCAAUCGGGCUGUUUCGUAUAUUCGACGAAGGACUUUUGCACAGGCUCGGUGGAAAACACUUUGACGACGAGGAUUAUUGCCACGUGAUGGUGUGGCAUUGGGCCCGCGAUAUCGGUAGAAUCCUCACCCGCAAGAUGGAACAUAAAAAGCAAUACGAUGACGAGCUUCGGCUGUUUUUUAAUGACGGUCAACUGGGGUAG